AUGACUGGAUCGAACCGUAGCAGAGGAACCAAGCCUCGAAGUGUGACACAAGACUCAAUUAACGACUGGCUCACGAAGGUCACACUUGAGGAAAAAGUUGACGAAAGUACUCUUGAAGAUGAUUACUUCACAUCCCAGCUUCUCGCAACACAGGAUGAGUGGCUCCUGAGCACAUCCGACUACAUGCUCAAGCGGCUUCAGACGGCUCUAUUGCACCAGCGACAAGACUUUCAGUUAGGCGAGGAGCACCGAUGGCAACCAGCUUCGACGGAGAAGCAUAGCUCCGCCAAGAUUAAGCAACAAAGUGUGGAAGAAAGGAAGCAGAUUGCAGCAUCACAGCGACGACUGUCUAACUACAGAAUUAGUAAGCCGAAGAGCAAACGACGUAGCAGGGGAAACGUUGGGAAGGGGUGA